AUGGCGCGUUCCUCCGUCGUCCAAGAGUAUGACGCGCCGUCUACAACCCUGAGUCUGGACCAGAAAGUCACCAACGAGCGCCAGCUCUACCAAGUACCUCGCCCAAAGGGCUACCGCGUGUCAUGGCACGCCAAUCCAGCCGUCGAGGCGCACCAUUUCGGUCAAUCACAUCCCAUGAAACCAUGGCGACUCACUUUGACCAAGCAGCUCGUCAUGGCGUACGGGAUGCACCAUGCGAUGGACUUGUACCUCGCGCGGGCGGCGACAUAUGAGGAAAUGGCUGAGUUUCACGAAGCAGACUACCUUGAUUUCUUGCGGCAGGUAAUGCCGGGCGAUAUGGACCGCGCAGAACAAAGCGACAACGUGGUGCGAUUCAACUUUGGCGACGAUUGCCCGAUCUUCGAUGGGCUGUACAAUUACUGUUCGCUGUAUGCGGGCGGCACGGUCGACGCAGCGCGCAAGCUAUGCAAUGAUCAGGCAGAGAUUGCGAUCAACUGGUCUGGCGGUCUGCAUCACGCGAAAAAGGCCGAGGCUAGUGGGUUCUGCUACGUCAAUGACAUCGUCCUCGGGAUUCUACAGCUUUUGCGCCAUCACCCGCGGGUCAUGUAUAUUGACAUCGACGUGCACCAUGGUGACGGUGUCGAGCAGGCGUUCUGGUCUACAGACCGCGUGCUUACUGUUUCCUUUCACAAAUACGAUAAAGACAACUUCUUCCCCGGAACUGGAGCCCUCGACGACACCGGACCCACACAUCCCCUCAACCCUGGCGCACACCACUCCAUCAACGUCCCGCUCAACGACGGCAUCGACGACAAUUCCUACGAAGCGCUCUACAAUGAGGUAAUCGGUGCCUGCGUUGAGACUUACCGCCCCGGCGCAAUUGUCCUACAAUGUGGAGCCGACAGUCUUGGUUGCGACCGCCUGGGCUGCUUUAACCUCAACGUUCAAGCGCAUGGUAAGUGUGUCGCAUUUACCAAGACCUUCGGCCUGCCCCUUCUCGUCGUCGGCGGUGGUGGAUAUACCCCUCGCAAUGUGUCCCGGGCCUGGGCCCACGAGACAUCCAUCCUCCUGGAGGCCGAUCAAAUAAUCGGCAGGGACAUUCCCGACUCGGUCGCUUUCCGCACACAUUUCGGCCCGGACUACUCACUAUUCCCGCCACUGUCGGAGCUCCGUAAGCUGGAGAAUAAGAAUCCCCGGUCUUACCUUGCUGGGCUAGUCGAGUCGGUGCAUGAACAGUUGAGGUACAUCAAGGGCGCCCCGAGUGUACAGAUGAGCUUCAUUCCUCCGGAUAUCCUAGGCCUCCGCGAGGAAACGGAAAAAGAAAUUGAAGAAGAGACCGCUAUGCUGGAGGAAGAGCGCGAAGAGCAUUACGGUGGUGGCUCUGCUGCUGUAGCCGCUGAAGCUGCCGCGGCCUUUACAGGCGUCCCUGGCUCGGCAGGUGCUAUUCCCCGUGGGAAUCGCCGGCGGGAGUUGGAGCGGGGAGCUGGAUAUAAGGGCGAACUAUAUUCAUGA